AUGGCGGAAGGUGGAGGGGAAGAGGAAAACCCUUUUUCUUUCAAGAAGUUUAUGUCUAAAACAGAGAAAAAGGAAAGAAGGGAAACCGAAGAUAAAGAUAACAGCAACGAAGACUUUGAUGUUGAUCUGCUUCCAGAUAUCAGUCUAUCGAGUCAAAUCAAAGAAAAAGCAUCCGUCGUGAAAGAAGAGCCAAAUACCAAACCGAAAAAAAAGGGAGGAGAUGAAAAUCCAUUUUCAUUCAAACGUUUUCUGGAAUCAAGCAGUAAUGGAGCGAGACCAAAAUCUGUCAGUAACAGAUCAAGCACUAGUCCACCGGUGCCAAGACAUGUUUUGGAUGGCAGCCCCAGUCUGUCCAGGAACACACCAGACUUUGCCAGUGACUUGCCAGAUUUUGUUCAGGACCAUUUCAGUGAUUUAGAAAGAGAAAGAUUGGGAUCCAGGGAUCUAGAACUACCAGAUUUUACUCAAUUUUCGAAUUCCAAUGAGGGCCUUGGAGAUGUAGGAUCCCCCUCCCUUCUUUUGGGAGGGGGCAGUAGAAGUCGUACCUCUAGUCAUGGUCGAGUGACCCCACAAGGGGAUAGUGGAAUGGACAAAGUUAAUGACUUAGUGCAAGAUACAUCAUCACAAGUACCCACAAGCUUACCAGAUUUUUUGUCAGAUGGUGUUUUUAACAGUUCAGACAUUACACAUAGUGGAGAGUCAACAUACCAUCCGAGUUCAUGUAAUAGUCAUGGAAUUUCGUCGGUACGAGAAGGCGUCGCUUCACUAGAAAUAAAUGGAGAUUUUGAGCUAGAACUGAGAAGGUAUCGAGAAGAGAACAACUUACUACGUCAGCAAUUGGCAGAGGCACGGCAGGAAGCCGUGUUAGAGACGCAGAGGUGCCAUAAAAUGAAGAAAGACAUGGAGAUUUUACAGAAAAAGGAGGCAGAAGAUACUGCAGCCCUGGAGAGAAUGGUGCAACAAGUCGAGGCUAACCUAAUCACAACUACGCAAAGAGCUGUUAAGGCAGAGAAUACAGUGUCACGACUCCAGGCAGAGGUCAAAACAUUACAGGGUCGGUUGACCAGUAUGCGUGCAGAGAAUGAGAUACUAAGGUCUGGAGACCGGGGUUUGGCUGAUAUAAGACAGAGAACAUGUCACGUAUCCCAGCAGUUAUCUACAGCAGCCUCAGCUGCUGAACAAAACAUUAGGCAACUAUUACAGGGAGUGGAUAGUCUUCGGCAGUUCUCACAAAUAUUAUCAUCAGUUGAGAAGAUCACCGAAGAACCAGUCGAACAGCAAGAGCCAGGAAGCCAGCCAAGUGAAACUAGCCACAGUCAAACAAACAAAAGCAACAAAUCAGAAAAAAAUAAAAGUGGCCAAUCACAGCACAGAAAAGCAAAGUCUCCGGACGACGAUGACAUCCAGCAUAAAGAUUCAUCUACACAUGAAAAAGACAGAGAUGGAGAAGUUACGUGACUCUGGCUGUGAUGGCAGUUUGUUACCAGUGUGUAGGUGGUGUAUUUUUAUAUCAUAAAAACCUACUGGAAUAGUUGAUUUAACCAUGUAUUUGAUGUUAUUUUACAAGAUGAGUCCAAGAUGUUGUGGUCAGAAAUCUUUGGUCAUCUUAUUCAACAUUUAGUUCAAUUUCAAAAGCAUUGGAAAAGUGGACUGUUUGAGGAGGUAUUUGCUGAGCCUAGUGGUGACUGUGAUUAUACAAGCUGUGCUUUUUUUGAAAAAUUGUGGAUUAUUAACUGUGCUGCAUUAAACUUUUGUUAAAAUUAACUAAGGGAGACAACUGGUCUUGUAGAGUAAACAUUGGUUGCGUGUCUGCAACUUAUGUUCACCAAACCAAUAUAGCUUUGGAGUUUUACCAGUUCAAUGUAAUUGUGUAACAUCAAAACUGUUUCAAAAGGAACAAAAUUAUACGUAACAAAUUAAAGUCCGUUGUCAAGCCAAUAUGAGAUUUGUUAAUCAGAAUUUUCUGAUCAUCAUCAUUGUAUAUUCGUUUAUUUACUUAUUGGGGAUAAAUAAGUUUAUGUAAGUAGUCAUCGAAAAUCUAAUGAUCUCUCUGUUAAUUACAAAGUCUAAUUAAUGCAGUUUAGAUCUAUGAAACUUUAAUUCCUCUUGAAAACACAUGGUAAAAUUGAGGGAUUUUGAAAGCUAUUAAAUUUGCAUAGUGAAGUCAAAUUACCUUUAAAAAAAUCGUGUUUGAAAUCAAACAUGUACUAUGUUGUGAAAU